AUGUAUGAAAUUGAUGAAAACACAAGUUUACCUAUUGGGAUAAAAGUUGCUUCUACUUUGGCAGCCCAACGACCAGAACGAAUUACAAUUAAAGGUCAAUAUGUUACCAUUACUCCUCUUAGAACUGAACAUUAUGAUUCUCUUUGGGAAAAAACGAAGGGAAAAGAAAAUGAAGCAAAAUGGUUUUAUUUAUUUGAUGGUCCAUUUCAAAACCGUGAAGCAUUUGAUAUUAGAUUAGGAGAAAUGGCUACGUCAACCGAUUUCUUAUUUUAUUCAAUUAUUGACAAUAAAUUAGAAUGUGCUGUUGGCUUAGCUGCUUUGAUGAGAAUUGAUCCUUUACAUCGAUGUAUUGAAAUUGGUUGUAUAUUAUAUACUACUCAACUACAGAAAACACGUGGUGCAACUGAAGCCAUGUAUUUAUUCGCUCAAUAUGUAUUUGAUCAACUUGGCUAUCGUCGUUAUGAAUGGAAAUGUAAUUCGUUAAAUGAGCCAUCACGUCAAGCUGCAUUAAGACUUGGUUUUACAUUUGAAGGUAUAUUUCGUCAACAUAUGAUUGUAAAACAUCGAAAUCGUGAUACAGCGUGGUAUUCAAUAAUUGACUUAGAAUGGCCAAAGAUUAAAAAUGCUUUUGAACAAUGGUUAGAUUCAUCAAACUUUGACUCCAAUGGAAAACAGAAACUAUCGCUAUCUAUCAUUAGAGAAAAUCAGAAAUAA